AUGCUCCAAGGAGAAGCCAGGGUUGCUCCGAGGUUUCUGUUGGCUGCGCUGGCCUACUUCCCCUUCCGUGACACAUGGAGACCGUGGAGCUUUGCCUUUGCUGUGCCCCGUGCCUGGGGCUCCCCUCAGCCCUCACGUAGUUUUUCACUUAACUUCACACUGCCGGCUAACACAACUUCCUCUCCGGUUGUUACAGGUGGGAAAGAAGCAGACUGUGGGCCUUCUCUUGGGUUAGCUGCGGGCAUCCCGUCCCUGGUGGCUGCAGCCCUGCUGGUGGCCUUACUACUUACUUUGAUUCACCAGAGAAGACGAAGAAGCAGCCAUGAGUCCGCUGAGGAAAGUGAGAGACCAUGUGAAAUUUCAGAAAUCUAUGACAAUCCCAAGAUAGCUGAGAAUCCUAGGAGGUCACCCACUGAUGAGAAUACAAUAGGAGCACAAGAAGCCCACAUAUAUGUGAAGACUGUAGUGGGAAGCGAGGAGCCCCUGCCUGACACUUACCGUCCUCCUGAAGAAAGAGAGAGGAGGAGGGGACUCUGGUGGCUUAUACCCAGACUGAGUCUAGAAUGA